AUGACACCUUUCUUGCACUCCAUGUCGCGUCACAGACACGCUUUCGCGCCACAUUACAGUUACAACUUCGCACUACGCCUAUCCUCAACUGUAGUGGAGCACGCGACAACACCUACACGCCGACGUUUGCGUGAGUUGCCACCGCCAUUGAAUUUGACGGACGCUGCUGCGACACGUAUAAAAGAACUUCUGGCGAGUAAACCGGAUGCCAUUGGAAUCCGUUUAGGAGUUAAAGCACGUGGAUGUAAUGGAUUAUCGUAUACGAUGAAUUAUGCUGACAAGAAGGAGAAAAUGGAGGAGGAAGUAUGCAAGAAUGGUGUCUAUGUUUUUGUUGAGCCCAAGGCACUGUUUCAUGUAGUCGGCACGACUAUGGACUUUCAGGUGACCCCAGUCGCAUCCGAGUUUGUGUUUGAAAACCCAAACGCAAAGGGAAGCUGUGGAUGUGGAGAGAGCUUUAAUGUCUAG